AGAUAUUGAUAAGUUUAUAAUUAAAUUUAUGCCCAAAUCUAAUAUUCAUCCUAAAUGGUAUCCAGAAGCUGAAGUCUAUUGCGAAGGCAAAUUAAUUUUUAAAAUUGGAUCUACUAAACCUAAAUUAAAUGUUGAUGUAUGGUCAGGUAAUCAUCCUUUCUUUACUGAUUCUCAAAGGAUUAUAGAUACUGAAGUAAAAUAUCAAAUACAUACCCAAUAUAAUAUGCCAACUAUUCAACAAUUAAUUCGAGAAGCAAGAAAAGACAUAAGAAAAAAUAUAAAAUGUCCAGCUUUAAAUGCUUGCCCUCAGAAAAGAGGUGUUUGUACACGUGUAUAUACUAAUACUCCUAAAAAACCUAAUUCAGCAUUAAGAAAAGUUGCUAGAGUAAGACUAACAUCAGGUUAUGAAAUUACAGCUUAUAUACCUGGAAUUGGCCAUAAUUUACAAGAACAUUCUGUUGUAUUAGUCAGAGGAGGAAGGGUUAAAGAUCUUCCUGGUGUUAGAUACCAUAUUGUAAGAGGAGCUUUAGAUUCUGCAGGCGUUAAAAACCGCAAGACUAGUCGUUCUAAAUAUGGAGCCAAGAAAUUGAAAUCUUAGAUUAUGACUUAUAAUUAUUUUAAAUUUUAGGUAUUAAUUAUCAAUAUUAAAUAUUAUGUCAAGAAA